AGCCUUGGUGCCGUUCCGCAUGGGCAGCAGAGAGACGGGUCACAUGGUGUCCGAUCGGGGGUAGAGGGGAGGGCUGCGGUGAGACCAGGACGACAGACAUCAAACGAGUUUGAAGUGCAACUGACUGAAAGAGUGCGUGUUUGUUUGGGGCUCGCUCUCUGUGCUGCAAAGACGCCGGACCUAGACCGACUGGGGCAGUGCAGGCACUCCCAGAGGGCCUGACUGGUGCUGGAAGCUGAAGUGUGGGAACGGACAGACAUGUGGCCCCUGCUUCCCCUACCAGCGACAACCUGCAGUGAACCUCUGUUCCCAGUCAGGAAUCUGGAUCAGCUUCAGGGGUGACUGUCAAGCCGUCCCCCCCCCUCUCUUUCUCUUUCUCUACCUCCCCCACUCUCGCCUGCCUGUCUUUCUCACCUUCCCCCAAUAUGUCUUCAUCUCCCGUGGACUCCACAUCUUUCCCUGCCCUGGUCUCAAAAUCCCCCAUUCCUUCACCUGCCAGGCUCAUCUCAGCCUUUCCCACCCGGCCCCCUUCUCCUCAGAUCCUCCAUUUUGGCUCUAACCAGCCCCCCACUCCCCGCUUGCCCCUUCUCCUUGCCCGCUCCACGGUUCCCCUCGCCGCCUGUGCUUUGUCUCCCAUCGCUGACCCCCCCUCGCCCCCGUUCUCCGACCCUUUCCCGUCCCCCGACUCCGGGCCUUCCGGGCAGCCUUUCCCUCAGCACUCCCCUCCAGCCAUCAGCACCCUGGAGAAGCUGAUUAAGACCUGCCCUAUAUGGCUACAGCUGGGCAUGUCACAGGAGAGGGCUGUCCACAUCCUGUAUGGAGAGAGCCCUGGGAUCUUUUUAGUAAGGAAGAACAUGGCCCUGAGGAAGAUGAUCCUGUCAAUACGUCUCUCUGACCUGGAGGGGGCACCAAAGGUCCAGGAAAUGCUCAUCAAAGAGGAGAAAUCAUUGAUACAUCUGGAGGGCUCCGUCCUGGUCUUUGACAAUAUCUUCAAACUCAUCGCUUUCUACUGCGUAAGCCGAGACAUUCUACCAUUCACGCUGAGGUUGCCGCAGGUGAUCACCCAGGCGACCAAGUACGAAGACAUGGAUAUCAUCUCAAGUCUGGGCUCAAAUUUUUGGGGCUCCUCCCUGAACGCACGCUCCGAGGGUCUCCACGGUGCCGUCCCGGCCUGCGAGACAGAGGCCGGCGAAGGGGCCGCCAGGUUGUGGUAUGUCAACCCCAUUCUCAUGGAGGAGUACUCCAAAGGCAUGUCCAGCACGGUCGCCCCGGCCAAAUCCCGGAGCCAGAGCCUGAGUGCGCCCAGCCAGUCCCAACCGCACAGUCUUCCCUUCGGGAAGCCGCCGUCGAGGGCUAGGCGGGGAGCGGACUCCGGACCCCCGCCCCUGACGGACACGGGCGGGCCGAAAGGGGAAGGAAGUUACGGUUGCCGAGUGACAGAUCAGCAGCGUGACUCAUGGACGGUCGGCCAGGGAGCGUCGUCUCCACCAGAGUCAGCGCUCAGUGUUUCAGAGGCGCCAUUUCAGAGCGGAGGAACACUUGAGGAGCACAGGGAGGAGAUGCUCGCCAUGUCUGCCCCCUGCUCAGAGAAGGGGGCACCGGCUUUCACUGCAACGACCUGUCAAGACAAUGAGCCCCAGGAAGAGAAGCCUGUUCCCGGUGGGGCCGGCUUGCCCCAGGUCCCCAAGAAGAGCGCCCCACCGGUCCCCCCACCCCGGCGGAAGAAGCCCUCCCUGGCAGUCGCCCCCGCCCCACCACCAUCCCGACAUACUACAAGAGCCAACUCCCACCCUCCGAUGGUAAUGGCCGCCCCCCGCCCGGCAUCCAUCGAAAACCUGAAGGGCUCCGACACGUCCCUACACUCGACCGAGGACUCCAACAGCAGCACAGAGGAGGAAGCGGAGCCGCCCGGGGUCAGCACGCCGACCAUGAAGCGGAACCCUACCGUGAUCCUGGACAGAGCCAAACAGAGGCUGUCCAUGGUCACCCUGCCGCAGGUCUUCACCAGGUUCAUGAAGGCCGACUGGAAGCUUCAGAAACGCAUUGUGGAGCUGGCCAGGGACAAGGACUCCUACUUCGGCAACCUGGUACGGGACUACCAGACCUUCACGCUGGAGACCAUGCCCAAGCACGGCUCCAGCACCGAGAUGCUCCAUGAGAUCCGGCAGAUGCUGACCCAGCUCAAGAGCUACCUGAUCCAGAGCACUGAGUUGUGGACGCUGCCGGAAGCUGCCCUGUAUCCGGAGGAGAAGCUCGAAGCCAUAGCAGAGGUGGCCCUGUACAAGGGCGUGCUGAAACCGAUUCGGGAGGUGGCCUACUCGGUCCUGCGGGACAUCCACACUCGGGACGACUCCCUGCGGAAGCUGAAGGAGAACCAGCUGGUGGUGCUCAACACCACCACCACCGACCUGGGCAUCACCACCAGCGUCCCAGAGGCACCCGUCAUGGAGAAGAUCCACCAGAAGCUGGACAGUCUACACCGGAAGUACUCCCCGGAGGAGAAGAUCUCCCUGCUGCUCAAGACCUGCAAGAUCAUCUUCGAGUCCAUGUCCGUGGGCUGCCCAGGGAAGCCUCAUGGUGCGGAUGACUUCCUGCCAGUGUUGAUGUAUGUACUGGUGCGCUGUAACAUCGCCGCUCUGCUGUUGGAUGUGGAGUACAUGAUGGAGCUCAUGGAUCCUGCACUUCAACUGGGAGAAGGUUCCUACUAUCUGACGACUACGUACGGGGCGCUGGAGCACAUCAAGAACUACGACAGGCAGCCGCCAACCCGGCAGCUAAGCCUGGAGAUCCAGGACUCCAUCCACCGCUGGCAGCGCCGGCGCACGCACAACACGACCCGCGUUUCCCGCUCUUCCGUGCAGGACUUCAUCAACGUAUCCUUCCCAGACACCGGGGCCGAACCCAAGACCCUGUGCGUCUGCCCCAACACCACGGUCCGGGACCUCUGCGCUCAGUGCGCGGAUAAGUUUCUGGUGGACGACCCGGAGUCAUGUGCACUGUGGGUGCUGGUGGAAGAUGAAGCCCGGCAGCUGGGUCCGGAUGAGCUCCCCCUGUCCGUCAAGUCCGACCUGCACUAUACCGACCCCCGCAAGCAGUACCGCUUUGUUUACCGGCAGGCUAGCCAGCCAGAGCAAACCGACCACCAUGGCCCCCAAGACCCCCAAGCGUCCACCAACCCUGAGACAGCCUGAUACAUGGAGAGGGACCAAAACCACACAGCAUGGAUGAGAGAGGGUUAACGCAGCAUUUAUGUUGGGGAAAGGACGAGGACAAAUCGUCCCCCUGGGCUCAGGGUUGCACCCUUCUGGAUGGAGGCAAUAGUGUGAAGACUUGAUACCCGCAAGUGGUCCGAAAUCUCCUGCAAAUCAGCAAUUUGCACCACAGGCAGAAGUGAAGCUUAGAAAUUAGUCUCCCGGAGACUUUACACAGUGAUGGCAUGUGUACAACCCAUUACCUGUCUACAGGCCUUUUACGCAGAACAUUUGGAACAUUCCGGUUUUAUAUACUGCUUUCAAUCCAUUUAUAAACUGUGGUCAAUGCAUUUCCCCAUUCAUUCACCUGCAUUCCUGUCUUUUCCGCAUUCCACUGUAUUUUAUUUCUUUCAGUUUUUUUAUUUAAUUUAAUUUAUUAUUUUUUGUUGCUGACAGUCCACAGGCCGUGGGGCCAGGUCCAUUGCUGUUCUUGCCUUCUUGCUUACAUACAGUGGUACCUCAAAGGGAACAUGAGCCUUGUCAACUGGAUUUGUUCCACUCUGUUAUGGACUCUAUUUCCCCAAAGCAUCUUAAAAUAAACAUCACGCGUUGACAUUUUAAUCAGAAUUUGUUUGGUCCAUUAAAAUGUAUUGCUGAAAUACUAUCAUAAAGUUUUUUUUUCUUCCCCCACACUGUGAGAAUAAUUGCAUGGCAGCUGGUUGCCAAUUUAUUAUCGUGAAACGCCAGUUAUUGCUUUGUUGAAUGAAUUGGUAAUAUGCAAACCCGUAUCACAGGUGCAGACCUCCAAAACAGCUGAUACUGUACAGUAUAACAAAUCAUCAGUCCCCUAAGAGAAAGCAUGAUGUGUUUAACCAAAUACAGUGGGCUGCAGAAUUAUUGGCACCCUUGAUAAAUAUGCUCCUUUAUCCUUGACAAAAAAAAAUUCUGUAAACUAAAAAAUUAAAUAAUUGACAUAAGUUUUUCAAAAUGAGUAAAGCAGUGUGCUUUAUUAAUGAUUCAAUUUUUCAAAUAAAAAAAUAUAUUUCCCCAAAAACCAGGUUCCACAAUUAUUGGCACCCUUGGUUUGAUACUGAUACAACCCCUGGCAAAGAUGACAGCCAUGAGUCUUCCUAUAAUUUGUCAUUUGUGUUAGAGAACAGACAUUUCAGAAUCAUUGAUAUCCUUGGGAUACUCCCCUCUUCAGUUCGGACCACAGGUUUUUUGUGGGAUUUAGGUCUGGAUACUGAGAUAGUCGUUGCAGAAGAUGGUUGUUGUUGUUUACUUUACCAUUUCUGUGUGGAUGUUGAUAUAUGUUUGGAGUCAUUGUCCUGCUGGACAAUCUACCUAUGACCAAGUCUAAGCUUCCUGGCAGCGGCAACCAGACUUCCUGGUACUUCAUUGUGCCAUUGAUCUUACUGUAAAUAGUACCACUGGACCACUGGCAGGAAAACAUUAAUGACCCACCGCCCACCGUUCUAUUCCAGUCAUAAUUCCAAUGUCGUUUAGUAAACUCAAGAUGCUUGGUUUUGUUUAUUAUGCACAGUAAUGGCUGUCUUCGUGCCACCUUUCCAAAGAGUUUGUUAGUAUGGAGGUGCCAUUUUCUGACACAACCAAUCUCUGCAAUUCUUAAAUUGUGAUACUUAUGGCCUCCUUCACCACUUAUGCACUUGCAUCCUCUUCCUGUCAAGUUUUCCACCAGUCAAUAUGUGUUGAAUUUGUAUUGUAGUGGUAUGUUCAACCGUUUAUGUAUUUUUUUUGUACCUAUUUCCUGACUUGUGAUGGACAAUUACCAUCUACAGUGGGGUCAAAAAGUCUGAGACCACAAGUGAAAAUGUUUCUAUUUUGUAUUAUUUUCUAAUUUAAUAAUAAUAUUACAAAUUAUAUUACCAGUUGAAUCUGAAAGAUGUACACACAUUUCUUAAUUUCUGAAGUAUUUGGUAUGUCCCCCAGCUUUAAUGGCAACAUGCACUCAAGCUGUCUGGGGCUCCACAAAUUUGUGCAAAGAUGCCUGAUGAUUCAUGUUGUCCCAGCAUCCUUUGACAAUGUUCCAAAGGGCAUCUUGUGAUGUUACUGAAUGCUUAGACUGAGAUUAGCUAAAUGAAAGUAAAAUUGUAUUGCCAAUUUCACUUAGAUUUUAUUUAUACAUUUGGGACCUGUGGUUUUUAGAAGAAAUCAUAUUAAUGAAUUUUUAAAAAACUUUGAAACAUGAGAGAAAAUGUAAAAGUUUUCCCAUAUAGUUUGUACAAAAAAUAUCCAUGUAAUUUAUUAUAUGCAGCUUUUUUUCUCAAUUUGUAUUAAGGGUGACAAUAAUUCUGGAGCCCACUGUAUGAAUCAUUCAUUCAAUUGGGUCAAGGAAUCUGCAGGUAAAAUAAAUCACAUUUGCAUGUA